AUGGAUGAAAAGGUGAAAACUCUUGAAUUGGAGUUACAACAAGUGAGAGAGGAGAACAAUACUCUAAGGCUCAUGCUUGAAGUUAUGAGUAUUAAGUGCACAAAUUUACAACAAGAGAUCAACAAAGAAGAACACAAUGAGAUCAUAAGUUCGAAUCAAAUUGGGUUAUUACCUAACUUUGAUACAAGCAAAAGAGCAAGACUAGAGCACUUUCCAACAGCCAAAAAACCAUUACAAGUAUUUGUUAAAACUCAUCCUAAUGAUGAAAGUUUGAUAAUAAAAGAUGGCUAUCAAUGGAGAAAGUAUGGACAGAAAGUUACCAAAGAUAAUGCUUCUCCUAGAGCUUACUUUAGGUGCUCUAUGGCUCCUAGUUGUCCUGUAAAGAAGAAGGUGCAAAAAUGCUUAAAUGAUAAGUCUAUCAUUGUUGCAACUUAUGAUGGAGAACACAAUCACGGUGUCUCUAAUGACUCGUUCAAACCAUCUUCAUCCACACUCAAUGAUUCAUCAAUAUCUACUUAUAAUAAACUAUCAACAAUACUAAGUGGACAAGAAGCCAUAAACACUAGAGUUUUUGAUAAUGUUAUGCAACAACAGUUUGGCUGUGAAAAGCAUAUCAAGAUUGAAGAAUAUGCGAGUUUGCUAAUCAAAGAUCCUGACUUCACUGUGGUAUUAGCUAAAGCAGUUGCAAAAACUAUCAACGGUCAACAACAUAAGCGACAAAAUCUAAAUCUCAGUUUAAAUCUUUUUGAAAAGUGA